AUCUUGAUGAAUACAAGAUGAUAUUUGAAGAGGAGACAAAAGCCCACCAUUAAACCUCCCCAAAAACCUUCAAAAAUCGUCUUGUUUAUUUCUUUUUGCAAUUCUUCAUCAAUCUCUUUCUAAAAUAUCUGCUUCAGCAAACUUCUGUUCAAAAACAAGCUCAAUUUUUCAUGUCUAGUUUUAAAUGUGCGUAGAAUAUGAGAAUUGCUGUUGUGCCCAGCUACCAAUUCUAUCCACAAAAUACCUUCUUGAUGGAUUCAUUGCAGAGCUCAGCGUGCAGAUUCCAUGUAAGAAAAACCCUAACCUUUUCGAAUUCCACUUCUUACAUUCCUGCCAAGAAACAGUUUUUUUCUGCAAUUCAUCACAGUGGCAACUCAGAUUUCAGACCUAGGAAAAACCCUCGUAAAAGAUUCAAUCUUUUGCAGAAGAACAAUGGUGGGGUCGGUUUUCCAUGUGAAGGUAGUAUUAGUAGUAGAAGUAGAGUGAUUUCGUCUCGUGGUUCUUGGUUGGAUAGUUGGAAUGUAAGUGGUGGGGGGAGGCCUCAGGCAGUGGUGAAUUAUAGGCAUAGAGGGGAUGUUUCGAGCUCGGAUGCCGAAGAGGGUACGAGUACUAGUAGUGGUGGUAGCACAAUGGAGAGGAUUGUUGAGAAGUUGAAGAAGUUUGGUUACAUUGAUGAUGUUAGUGAGGAGAGUGAUGAUAAUAAGAAUGUGAUUGAAAAGGGAUCUGUAGAGGAUAUAUUCCAUGUUGAGGAAGGAUUGUUGCCUAAUACGAGGGGUGGAUUUUCGAAAGAGUUCCCUUUUGGGGAUGAGAAUGCAUCUGUGGGUGGUAAUGGGGAGGUGAGUUUCCCUUGGGAGAAAAGUAGCACUCCAAAUGUACCAAGGAGGAGUGUGGAUAGUCGACAGAACCGUAGUUUGGCAGAAUUGACUCUUCCUCAAUCGGAGCUAAGUAGGCUGAGGAAUUUGGCUCUUAAGGUAAAGAAUAAAACAAGGGUUGGUGGAGCAGGGGUGACAGAGCAGGUUGUGGAGAUGAUUCGUGAGAAGUGGAAAACGUCUGAGGUCGUAAGGUUGAAGAUUGAAGGGCCUCCUGCACUCAAUAUGAGACGUGUGCACGAGAUUUUGGAGAGAAAAACCGGUGGAUUGGUUAUCUGGAGAUCUGGGACUUCCGUUUCACUCUAUAGAGGCGUGACUUAUGAGGAUCCCGCGCAAAAGAUGAAGAAAAAGAUAUAUAAAAGACAUGAAUUGCCUCAAAAGUCUCUACCUACCACUGAGAAGACAAGUUGGGAUUCUUCCAACGUGAGUCCUUCAGCUAAUGAGGACGCUGCUGAAGCUGAAUCAGCGAGCAUCAUGAAGCCGGAUGAUACAACGUCUGAAGUGAGAUAUGAAGAUGAAGUGGACAAGUUAUUAGAUAGCCUCGGUCCAAGGUAUGAAGAUUGGCCAGGUGAGGGUCCACUUCCGGUAGAUGCUGAUUUGCUCCCAGGUGUCGUCCCUGGUUACCAGCCCCCGUUUAGAUUACUUCCCUAUGGUGUGAGAUCAACACUUACAAUGAGGGAGGCAACUGGUUUACGAAGGCUUGCUAGAGUGCUGCCACCACAUUUUGCAUUAGGAAGAAGCAGGCAGCAACAAGGAUUAGCUGCAGCCAUGGUAAAGCUAUGGGAGAGAAGUUCGAUAGCGAAAGUUGCGCUUAAACGUGGGGUUCAGCUAACAACGAGUGAGAGAAUGGCGGAAGAUCUCAAGAGAUUAACUGGGGGUAUGCUGCUCUCGAGAAACAAGGACUUCCUCGUCUAUUAUAGAGGGAAGGACUUUUUGGCACCGGACAUCGCUGAAGCAUUGCUGGAACAGGAGAGGUUAGCCAAGGCUUUACAGGAUGAAGAAGAACAAGCACGGUUGCGAGCCUCGCCCUUUGCCACACCACGUUUUGAACGGACUGAUGAAUCUGGAUUCGCGGGUACACUUAAAGAAACUCUAGAUGCAGACAAUAGAUGGGGCAAACAACUGGGUGAUAACGAAAAGGAUAAGAUGAUGAGAGAAGCAGAAUUGUUGCGACAUGCCAGCCUUGUGAGGAAGCUCGAUAAUAAGCUUGCUUAUGCUGAAAGAAGGCUAACGAGAGCCGAACGAGCCUUGUCAAAGGUGGAGGAGUCAUUAUAUCCAGCUGAUCAAGCAGAAGACCCAGAAAGUCUCACUGAUGAAGAAAGGUUUAUGUUCCGGAAGCUUGGUUUAAGGAUGAAGGCAUUUUUACUUCUCGGGAGGCGUGGAGUUUUUGGCGGCACAGUAGAGAACAUGCACUUGCACUGGAAAUAUCGAGAAUUAGUCAAGAUCAUUGUUAAGGCUCAAAACUUUGAGGAGGUCAAGAAUAUUGCACUAGCUCUUGAAGCCGAGAGCGGUGGUGUCUUGGUUUCAGUAGAUAAAAUAUCCAAAGGAUAUGCAGUAGUUGUUUUCCGGGGCCGGGAGUAUAAAAGGCCACCAUUGCUGCGGCCUAAGAACCUGUUGACGAAAAGGAAAGCAUUGGCGCGUUCAAUUGAACUUCAAAGGAGUCAGGCCCUCUUAAACCAUAUUGCAACCUUGCAAACAAGAGUGAGCCAACUAAGAAGUGAAAUUGAACAAAUGGCAGCUGUUAAAGAACAAGGCGACGAAGAACUUUACAAUAAACUGGAAUUAGCUUACCCUUCUGAAGAUGACAGUGAGGAGGAAGGAGAUGACAGUUAUCUUGACACCUCAGACAGCGUGGUUGAAGGUAGUAGCAAUUCAAUUGAAGACGCGUAUUCAGAAACAAGUUUUCCUUACGACUUUCAACAGGAAGUCGAAACAGAAUCUGCAGAGGUGUGAGAGAUGGACGCCACAGCACUGUUGGGACGGCGCUUGUGGCCGGAAUACGCCGUUAAGAUGCAAGAAAACCUCACCUCGUUCUAGUUAGAUAUUUUAUUCGAUCGAGGGUAAGAGCAUGGCUAGGCUGUGUGAAUGUAUAGAAAUUUUUUACUAAUGAAAUUAUAGUGCAUUUUGUUGUGCUUUCAUCA